AUUGCUGCCGGAGAGGAGGUUGCAAUUAAGUUGGAAUGUGUGAAAACCAAACAUCCUCAACUCCACAUCGAGAGUAAAAUCUACAAAAUGAUGCAGGGCGGAGUGGGUAUUCCUACAAUUAAGUGGUGUGGAGCUGAAGGGGACUACAACGUAAUGGUGAUGGAGCUGUUGGGACCAAGUCUUGAAGAUCUCUUCAAUUUUUGUUCAAGGAAAUUUAGUCUCAAGACAGUCCUGUUACUCGCUGACCAAAUGAUUAGUCGAAUUGAAUAUAUUCACUCUAAGAACUUCAUCCACCGAGACGUGAAGCCAGAUAACUUCUUAAUGGGUCUGGGGAAGAAAGGCAAUCUUGUCUACAUAAUAGACUUUGGAUUAGCAAAGAAGUAUCGAGAUGCUCGAACUCACCAACAUAUUCCAUAUCGUGAAAAUAAAAACUUAACAGGAACUGCCCGUUAUGCAUCCAUCAACACUCAUCUUGGAAUUGAGCAAUCUCGCAGAGAUGACUUGGAGUCCUUGGGCUAUGUACUGAUGUAUUUUAACCUGGGCUCCCUCCCCUGGCAGGGACUGAAAGCAGCAACAAAGAGGCAGAAAUACGAACGUAUCAGUGAAAAGAAAAUGUCUACACCCAUUGAGGUUUUGUGUAAAGGAUAUCCUUCUGAAUUUGCCACAUACUUGAAUUUCUGCCGUUCUUUGCGCUUUGAUGACAAACCGGACUAUUCCUAUCUAAGGCAAUUAUUCAGAAACCUUUUCCACCGACAAGGGUUCUCGUAUGACUAUGUGUUUGACUGGAACAUGCUGAAAUUUGGUGCCAGCAGAGCGGCUGAAGAUGCUGAACGUGAAAGGCGAGAACGAGAGGAAAGAUUGAGACACACACGAAAUCCAGCUGUGCGUGGAUUACCCUCCACUGCUUCUGGCAGGCUGAGAGGGACGCAAGAUGUAGCUCCUCCUACUCCUCUUACCCCAACUUCACAUGCUGCCAACACCUCUCCUCGGCCAGUAUCUGGUAUGGAACGAGAAAGGAAAGUGAGUAUGAGAUUGCAUCGCGGUGCCCCAGUCAAUAUCUCGUCGUCUGACUUAACAGGCCGACAAGAUACCUCUCGCAUGUCAACUUCGCAGAUUCCUGCUCGGGUAACUACCAGUGUUCUCCAGUCUGCUGUGCACCGAUGAAAAUUAUGUUGCCGUGGAGGGCAGAUAAUGCAUGGCUGAUCUCCUAUGUUACCAAUGGCUUUACUAGCAAAAAUACCCUAAACUAGAGCGGAAACGUUACAAUUGGAGUUCUCCACGUGACUUAAAAGGCACUUGGAGGAACAUGGACAGACUCCAGCAGCUGCCGUUACAGGACGCUUUUGCCAGAAACCCAAUGACCUUAAGAGAACCCUGUGGUAACAGGGCUGGAAAAGAAAGAUGGUUUACAGAGUUGACCGCCUGUCAUCGGAUGGCCAUUUCAGUUUUCCCUCCACAGGCGGCAGACUUUAUCCCCUUUUUAUUAUUCUACUGUAACUAUAAAUCUUUUACUUGGUUUAAGAAAGUUUUUUGUAUCAUUUUGCUAAAAUUAUUGGCUUAAUUCUCUGUAAAGAACUCUUGCUUUUGUCUGAUUUAAAAAUGUAGAAUAUAAACUAAACUAAAGGCAAUGACUUGAAAUUUCUUGUUUAAAAAAAUUAGUCUGGCAGGGAACAUGUAAAUGAAUCAAAACAAUCUGACUUUAUUUAAACUGUUUACUUAUUUGUAUGGUCCCAUUCUGACUGAGACGGUUUUCUCAUGUAAUUUUUAAAACUGUUAGAAUUUUACUUUGCUGUUUGCUGUCUUCAUUCACACUUAACAUUUAACUUUCCAUAACACAAAGGAAUUUUUAAUGCUCGUUCUUUUUUAUAAAAGAGGAGAACUAAAUACCCUGCAGGAGAGUCUAAGUAUAGUAGAGAUGGUGAUCAUGGAUUUCUUUUUUUGUAAAGAAUAUGAAGGACAAAGUGAAAGAGUGGCAUUUGCAGGAUUUAGAAUUUGAAGGCUUGUCCU